ACCGGACAUCGACUGCCUCGCUGUCUUGGAGAAACUCGACGUUCUCGGCCAUGGAAAUGGUGGCAUUGUGUACAAAGCCCGCUACAGGAAGAGCGCGUUGGUUACGCUCUCAAAGUCCUCCGUUUCGACGAAAACGCUGCCAUCAUCCGCCACCAGGUAGUUCGCGAGGUGGAGAUCCUUGAACGCGUGGACUCGCCAUUCAUGGUAAAAUGCCUCGCCGUAUUCGACGCCAUCGGAGGCGAGCUUUUGCUUCGUGAUGGAGUAUAUGGAGAAAGGAUCUCUGUUCGAUGCAUUGCGCUCAGGAAAGAUUCUGCCGGAGGGUAUCAUCUCCGGCGUCGCGGAGAGAGUUCUCCUAGGGUUAAGUUACCUUCACGGCUUGCAAAUAGUGUACGGUGACAUCAAACCGUCGAAUCCGUUAAUCGACGGCAACGACGACGUCAAGAUUGCAGACUUUGGGGUAAGCAAGAUGGUGUUUGGCACGUGCAACGCGGGUGACACGUGCAUGGAUCCGUGCGCUUACAGGAGCCCAGAGCGGAUUGAUCCAGAGAGAUGGGACGGGGACAAAGCCGAUGGGUUCGCCGGCGAUGUUUGGUCGCUCGGGAUUGUGGUGUUGGAAUGUUUUGUGGGUCGCUAUCCGUUGAUAGGAAUCGGGGAGAAGCCAGAUUGGGCGGCGUUGAUGUGCGCCAUAUGCUUCGGGGAGAGGUUGGAGAUGCCGGAUCAAACGGCCUCGCCGGAGUUUAGAAGCUACGUGCGGAGGUGUUUGGAGAGGAAUUGGAGAAAGAGAGGGACCGUGGUUGAGCUUCUGGAUCAUCCCUUCAUCACGAAUAGAAGAUCUGCAGGAGGAGGAGGAGGAGGGUCUGAUUAGAACAAUUAAAAUAGCUCUCCUUUU